AUGCACUCAAGCAAUUGGCGCAUCAAGUCCGAUGGAUCUAGCUCCUCUAGUAUACGUAUGGACCGAGAUGAGACCCGUAUCAACGAGACAGAAGAGAUAGGAGAGAAUAAUUAUGGCAUUCGAUUGGAUGUGACUAACUCAUCUUUGGGAUAUUCGGAUAUGACUAGUCCACACAGAGAAAAAUUAUGUCAGAAUGGCCUUAGGAAACCUAUACAGGAUGCAAAGGCGGAACAAGCCAUAGAAGAAGGUCGACGAUUGUACGUCGGCAAUAUGCCAUAUGAAGCAACACCGAAAGAUGUUGAGCGACUGUUUGAAAAGAUAGCUAGUGGAAUCGAAGCCAUUAACAUGUCUGUUGAUCCUAUGACGGGCCGGAACCCCUCUUACUGCUUUGUGGACUUCGUUAGCAAAGAGCUUGCUAUGCAAGUAAUGGCAGAGUACAAUGGUCGUGAUUUUAUGAGGCGGGAACUAAAGGUCAAACCUGGUGUUAAGUCUGGAACUGGGACCGGAAAAUUUCAUCUACGCCCAACUCAUAUUUUACGUGAUCAUCCAGCAGCUACAGAAAGAUGGACUCGACUUGAAAACCCUGAAGAUCAGCAAGAUGCCACUAAAGAGGGGCGGAGAUUAUACAUCGGAAAUCUUCCUAGGUUUCAAAACUAUGCAGUGGCGAACCGUCGUAUUCGUGAGCUUCUCCAAGAUUACGCAGUAAUAACUGUGAGCAAAUUAAUAUCACCAACUGAGACGAAUGGGGACACUUCAUGUUACUGCUUCGUUGAUCUCGCAACUUAUGCAGACGCGGACCGGGCCAUUAGAGACCUCAACGGUGCGAGCAAGUUCUCAUCAUGCCCUAGACCAUUAAAGGUCAACCGGGCGAGCGGCAUUUCCAAAAAGUUGGGUGAGCGCAGGCGUUUAUAUUUUGGAGGACUUCCUAAAUUCUAUGAUCAAUUUGAACUUGAGCUAGUAGUGAGAGAAAUAUUUGAGGACUUCAAUGUCUCUUCCGUCAGCAAGCUUUUUACGCCUCGUGAGGUAAACGGAGCACGGGCAGGAUCUAAUUGCCAUUUUUGUUUCGUUGAGCUAGAGACAGAAGAAGAAACCACUCGAGCAAUGUCAGAGCUUGAUUGGAAGAAAAUGUGGGGUGGUAGACUACGAGUAAAGCCUUCAACCUCUGUAAAGCCAGACGAUAACUCUAUCAAAAGAAAAAGCUCAAUGAGUAGGAGUUGA